AUGGCCUCCGCCAUUGCCCGCAGUAUUCUGGCCCGACGUCUACACGUCUCUGCGCGGAGAUAUGCCCUCUCCAAGCUCGCCAUGCCUGCGAUGAGUCCAACAAUGACGGAGGGUGGCAUCGCGUCGUGGAAGAAGAAGGAGGGGGAGACGUUCGCUGCAGGGGACGUCCUCCUCGAGAUUGAAACGGACAAGGCCACCAUUGAUGUCGAGGCUCAGGAUGACGGUGUCGUGGCCAAAAUCAUCGCGCCAGAUGGGGCAAAGAACAUCGCCGUCGGCGCGCCCAUUGCCAUUCUCGGCGAGCAAGGGGACGACCUCUCCGGCGCGGACAAGAUGGCCGCUGAGGCUGCCGCUGAGAAGGCUCCGGCUCCUCCAAAACAAGAGCAGGCACCAGAGCCCCCCAAGCCUGCGCCGGCGCCCGAACCGUCCAAGCCUCCCGAGCCUGCAGCCAAGGUGGAGACACAACCCGAGCUACCCAAGGGCGAGCGUAUAUUCGCAUCGCCCAUUGCAAAGAAGAUUGCUUUGGAGCGUGGCAUACCCCUUGCGAAGGUGAAGGGCUCGGGUCCGGAGGGCCGUAUAAUCCGCGCGGAUGUUGAGAAAUACCAGCCCCCGGCCGCCCCUGCUGCCGCCGCAAUUCCAUCUUUCCCACCUGCAGCCGCCUUGCCGGAAUAUAUCGAUAUCCCACUCUCCAACAUUCGGCGUACGAUUGCUGCCCGCCUGACGCAGUCCAAGCAAGAACUCCCUCAUUACUAUUUGACGUCCGACAUCAACAUGGACAAGGUCAUGAAGCUUCGCGAGGUGUUCAACAAGGCGUUGGGUGAGAAGGACAAGCCCGCCAAACUCAGCCUAAAUGACUUCAUCCUGAAGGCGGUUGCGUGCGCACUCGCGGACGUUCCGGAGGCCAAUUCGGCGUGGUUGGGCGAGACGAUCAGACAGUACAAGAAGGCUGACCUCUCGGUAGCAGUUGCGACACCUGCUGGGCUUAUUACUCCCAUUAUCAAAGAUGUCGGGUCUAAGGGGCUCGCAACCAUCUCAGCUGAAGGGAAGGCGCUUGCCCAGAAGGCGCGGGAUGGCAAGCUGCAACCCCAAGAGUACCAGGGCGGUACAUUCACUGUGUCGAACUUGGGAAUGUUCGGCAUCAACCACUUCACUGCUAUCAUCAACCCUCCCCAGUCAUGUAUCCUCGCUGUAGGCACGACGAUGCCCACGCUAGUGCCCGCGCCGGAGGAGGAGCGCGGAUUCAAAGUCGUACAGAUCAUGAAGGUCACGUUGAGCGCAGAUCACCGGACUGUCGACGGCGCCGUCGGUGCUAAGUGGCUGCUUGCGUUCAAAGGGUACUUGGAGAACCCGUUGACGUUCAUGCUGUGA